AUGUCUGACACAGCUCCUGUGACAUUUACUAUUCACAUCAGAAAACCAAGAGAAAGUUUCACAAUUGAGGCACCAUCUAAUUCAACAAUUCUUGAUCUUAAAAAAAUUGUCAAUGAAAAGACAUCGGAUCCAAUUGAUAAACUGAAAUUUAUUUACUCUGGAAAAAUUCUUAAGGACACUGAUACCUUAACUAGUAUUGGUUUUAAAAAUGAUCAAACACUUCACUUGGUUGUUAGUCAAUCAACAACUACCACUUCAACUACUUCUAACACUCCAAAACCUUCUACAACUGCAAGUACAACAUCAGGAACAGCUCCAACAAAUGCUACCGGUAGACCAAAUCCUUUCGGAUCACUUCUUGGUGCAUCUGGAGCUGGUUCAAUGGUUGGAAAUAUGAGUCCAGAAGUCAUUUCUAAUUUAAUGAAUCUUCCAGUAAUGCAAAAUAUGAUGAAUAAUCCUGGAAUUCUUAGUAGUUUUAUUGAAUCUAGCCCACAGAUACAACAACUUAUUGAAAGUAAUCCUGAAAUUGGACAUCUUAUAAAUGAUCCAUCUAAUUUACGAAGAUGUAUGGAUAUUUUAAGAAAUCCUACUGCUAUGGAUGAACUUAUGAGAAGUAAUGACCAAGCUAUUAGAAAUCUUCAAGGAAUACCUGGUGGAGAGGCUGCAUUAGAAAGACUUUACAAUACUAUUCAAGAUCCACUUCUUUCCAAUGAACCAAAUCCAUUUGCAUCAUUAGGUAGUGAUAACAAUACUAACCCAACAUCAAGAAGUCAAAAUGCUGGUGUUGAAAAUGCUGAGGCUCUUCCAAAUCCAUGGAGUAGUGGAAGUAGUAAUACACCAAACAAUUCUACUAACAGUAGUGGAGCAAGAACUGGUACAAAUCAAAGAGAUAGAGGCGGAUUACCUGAUCACUUGUUACAACAUCCUAUGUUAUCAUCAAUGACAGGUGGAGAUAAUAUGGCAAAUGUUGCUGCAUUACUUCAGAGAUAUCAGGAGAGUGGUGCACUUGAUUCAAUGUUACCAUAUUUAAGUAAUGUUUUACCACCUCAUCUUGCUUCUCCGGAAAUUUUAAGAGCAAUGGCAAAUCCAAAAGUUCUUGAAGCAUUGGAGAAAAUUCGCCAUGGUUAUGAGAUAUUAAGAACUGAAGCACCACAACUUGCUGAAGUAAUGACUGGAGGAAUUUCUAAUUUUGAUGAAAAUGCUCAAAAUGCUUUGACAAAUCAAUUUAAUAAUCUUUCUGCUGCAGGUGAUUUAUCAGGCAUGCCGGGAGUGACCCCAGCUAAUGCAGAGGAGCAUUUUAAGGAUCAACUGGAACAGCUUAAUUCAAUGGGUUUUUUAAAUAAAGAAGCAAACAUCCGUGCUCUCAUAGCAACUUUUGGUGAUGUUAAUGCUGCCAUUGAACGACUUCUUAAUAAUUAA